UUACAUUUUAUGAAACAAGAAGUCAAGGUAAAUGUUCUUAAAAUGGUUGAUGAACCAAUGGACGAGGGUCAAGCAGAUUCCUGGCUUGAUGAAGGUAUUUUCAAAGAAAUCCCUGCUACGCAUCAUGUUAAGGAGGGAUAUGAGAAAGCAGAACCUGCACAGUUGGAGUUGCUGAAGGUUCUUGGUCAAGGAUCAUUUGGAAAGGUAUUUCUUCUUAGAAAGAAGACUGGGCCUGAUGCUGGGCAGCUGUAUGCAAUGAAGGUAUUUUAAAAAGCUUCUUUAAAAGUUCGAGACAGAGUUCGGUCGAAGAUGGAGAGGGAUAUACUAGUGGAAGUAAGGCAUCCAUUUAUUGUCAAACUGCGCUAUGCCUGUCAGACUGAAGGAAAGCUGUAUAUGAUACUGGACUUUCUCAGGGGAGGGGAUGUCUUCACAAGAUUAUCCAGGGAGGUUCUGUUUACAGAAGACGAUGUGAAAUUCUACCUUGCAGAACUAGCCCUUGCCUUGGAUCAUCUGCAUCGACUAGGAAUUGUAUAUAGAGACCUGAAGCCAGAAAACGGCAGGACUCAGUCCAAGCAAUUUCCACCAGUUUUCUCCCAACUAGAAGAGGUUGAAGGAAUGUGGCUGCCGUUCUGGUUCCGGGCUCAUCCUGUCAAACUCCAAAAUGGCUCCCGCCCAUUCACCUUCUCCCAUGGAAGCACUGAGUCCUCUACACACAUUGCCAGCCAGUGCAAUUUUGGACUCAGCAAGGAGUCAGUAUAUCAAGAAAAGAAGGCCUACUCAUUUUGUGGUACAGUAGAGUAUAUGGCUCCUGAGGUAGUAAAUAGGAGAGGUCAUUCUCAGAGUGCUGAUUGAUGGUCAUAUGGUGUACUUAUGUUUGAAAUGUUUGCUGGUACUCUGCCAUUUCAAGGUAAAGACAGAAAUGAGACCAUGAAUAUGAUAUUAAAAGAAAAACUUGGAAUGCCUCAAUUUCUUAGUGGUGAAGCAGAAAGUCUUCUAAGGAUGUUGUUCAAAAGGAAUCCAGCAAAUAAACUGGGUUCAGAUGGUGUUGAAGAAAUCAAAAGACCAUUUUUUGCAAACAUUGACUGGAAUAAAUUAUAUAAAAGAGAAGUUCAGCCUCCAUUCAAGCCUGCUUCUGGAAAACCAGAUGAUACUUUUUGUUUUGACCCUGAAUUUACUGCAGUCAAUUGAAAUGCUGCACAAUUUGGUGAAGUAUAUGAAUUGAAAAAGGAUAUUGGUGUUGGUUCUUACUCUGUUUGUAAGCAAUGCAUCCAUACAUCUACCAACAUGAAAUUUGCAGUAAAGAUCAUUGACAAAAGUAAACGAGAUCCUUCAGAAGAAAUUGAAAUUCUGAUGUGCUAUGGGUAACACCUCAAUAUUAUCACUUUAAAAGAUGUCGUUGAUGAUGAUAGAUAUGUUUACCUUGUUACGGAUUUGAUGAAAGGAGGAGAGCUACUGGACCACAUUCUCAAACAAAAGUGUUUCUCAGAACAAGAGGCUAGUGAUGUACUAUUUGUAAUAACUCAAACAGUUGACUAUCUUCAUUGCAAAGGUUAUGAUGUUGGGCAUGGCUACAUUCCAUUUGCUAAUGGACCCAAUGAUACUCCUGAAGACAUAUUGAUGCAUAUAGGCAAUGGAAAGUUCUCUUUCAAUGGUGGAAACUGGGACAAUAUUUCAGAUGGAGCAAAGGAUUUGCUGUCCCAUAUGCUUCAUGUGGAUCCACAUCAGCAUUACAAUACUCAACAAGUAUUAAAACAUUGAUGGAUAGUCCACAGAAACCAGUUACCAAAUGAUCAGCCAAAAACUAAUGAUAUGCCACAUGUUGUUAAAGGAACAGUGAUUGCCACAUACUCUGCUCUGAUGAAUAAGACUUUUCAACCAAUCCUAGAGCCUGUUGCUGCUUCAAGCGUAGCUCAGCGAAGGAGCAUGAAAAAGUGAACAUCAACUGGCUUGUAAGAUUUGCAUUGUUCCUCAGGUAACCUGGAUAAAGAGAAAAUUAAACGUGUGGCUAUUUGCCUAAUUUCAUAUAAAAAGCAUUAUUUUCUGUUACAUUCCUUGAAUAUUUUAUUUAAGUCCCAUAUUUUAGGGUGAGUAAGAUUAAAAAACAUACACAGGUCCAUAAUAUUCAUAUUAUGUUGUUUUACAGUCAUGUCUAAGUGUUUAAUCAUAAAAUUAGUCUCAACAGAUCUUAAUGCUCU